CCUGCGCACCUCUACAAACCGGAGGCGGAUGUGAGGUUUGAAAUACAGCAGCUCCAGGACCGCGUUGGAUGCCUGGUUGAUACAGAGAUGAGCGACAACGUGAAGUUGUUCGUGGGGAAUCUUCCUUUGGAUGCAACUCACGACGAGCUAAACAAGCUCUUUGCUCCGUAUGGAGAGAUCAACACCUGCUCUUUGCUCAGACAGUAUGCCUUCGUUACCCUGAGGGGAGAGGGGGCAGCAGACAGGGCCAUACGACAUCUUGAUGGCAAAGAGUACAGAGGCAGACCCUUGGUGGUCGAGGAGUCACGUGCACGCCCACCAAACUCCACUAAAGUGUUUGUGGGAAACCUCGCCGCAACAUGUUCAGCAGAUGACCUGCACGGGCUGUUCUCAACCUUUGGAAGAGUUUUAGACUGUGAUAAAGUCAAGGCCAGAUUAUGCUCAAAUGUUGGCUAUGCAUUUGUGCAUAUGGAGAGGAAGGAGGAGGCCCUGGCAGCUAUUGACGCACUCAACGGGACCAUGUUCAAGGGCCGUCAGUUGGCCGUAGAACUGUCCAAAGCCCAACCUUUGAUCAACCAGAUUGCAAUGGCCGGGAAUUCCCCCGGUGGUGGCGUAGCAGCAGGUGGCAGGGAGGGUCUUCUUCCACGACCACCUCCAUCACUAGAACAUCAUCAGAGUCAAGCAGCUGUGCUAGCAGCAGCUGCAGCCGCUGCCGCUGGACUACCUAUACAA